GAUGUCAAGUCAUCUUGGCGUGUUGGAGGACCAUGAAGGAGACGUUUGUGUCUGAUGCCUCCAUGAUCUUCACCAUUCCCAUCGGGUCGGACACAGAGGGUUGCGGUCAUGUGAUGCCCAGAGAGUUCCAGUGUGUGUUCCAGGACACCUUUAAGGUUUUUGCUAACAGGGGUUUUCCAAAACCUCUCGCGGCAGCACAAUGCCUUAUUGGAGUUUCAGUGGUCAGUCUUGGUGUGAUGUUUUAUCUGACACAAAGUAUGUUCCACAUCUUUCCCAGCAUUGUGUUUGUGCUGAGUGGAAUGCUGAGCUACGCUGCAGGCCAUGCUCCAGACAUGCGUGUGAUGAAACUGUCAUUUUUUCUGAACAUCAUCAGCUUCUUGUGGUCAGUGGUGGCAACUUGUCUCCUUGUGAUCGAUAUUCUAUAUAAUAGAAUAUAUGAUGAUGUUCAGCUGCAUGUGGCCGUCGGAGCGAUGAUUUUGAGUCUGCUGGUUGCAGAAAGCUUCACUGCCUUGUUUCUUAUCUACUGGCAGAGCAAAGCAGUUUGCAGACAACAUUUAAACACUCUGGUAGGUCGCCUCCAUGUCAAUGCAGUACAAGUCCCAAAACUAAUGAUUGGACUUUUUUACCGGCAGCCCAUUAUUCAGCUGACACACGAGGACUGAUGCAUUCCAACACGCCAGCAAGUUUGAAAAAUCUUUGUAUUCUUUUGCAAAUAGCUUUGGAUGGAGAUUACCUUCAUGUGUAUUAAUAUAGCUGUUUUACUGGAUACUUUGUCCAAUAGGGGGCGCAAUUAAAAGGUAACAUUCUUAUUGGGGGUCUUUUGCAUGUACUGCAGUAUAGGAGAAGCCAAUUAUUCAAAAUAAUUACAAUUUCAAAUUUACCAUACGUCAUCAAAUAGUGGCCGACACCACACUGAUGGAGGCCGAGCCACAACUAAUCGCUAGGUAAGACGUUUUUUCGCUCAGAUAAAACAACAACCCCCAAAUCUGUUUAACAUAAAAACAUACAUUUUUCAACCUGUGUAUUAUUUAAGAAGUCUAGUAUUACAUGUACAAUAACAAGCUAUACGUAUUUGUUUAUACAUGCAAGCAUUUGAUCAAUUCACUACAGUUUUAUACAAUCUAGGCAGACUCAUCAGUAAGGAGGUCCUUAU